GAUGACAGGUUUUAGGGUUUAAGAACAACGACAAUGCCACUGCCAUUGCAACUCAUCUCUCACUCUUUCUUCCAUCAUUGAGGUCUUCUGAGUUCCUCACUGCUAAUAUCAUCUCACCAUGUGGGCUCUUCGUAGAGCUUCUACUCCUCUUAGGAAUCAAGGGUAUAAAGUAAGAACUUCAUAUGUCUUUGGUAAACUAGAGGUACCAUUUUUUUGGGAAGGAAAUGUAGCUGGUUUUGGAACCACCACCGCUUUAUCUGACAGAUUCAUUUCUUUUGAGAGAAAUAACCUUGCAACAUGGCCAUCCGCUGGGGUUUAUAUUAGUAGUCAUGGUCUAUCUACACAAGCUGGUGCUGAGAACAGUGGAGAGGAAGAUAAUGUGAAAGAUGGAUUUUCUGAACUUGAUGAAACACUUCCAAGCACUAGUCCACUUGAAGAUAGUAAGGCAGCAGAUGAUAAUGAAGAGGAACUAACUUCUGGAUCAGAAAUUGAUGACGACGAUGACAAUGCUGUUGAUGAUGGGACUCAAAAUGAACUGGAUUUACUUGAGGGAGAAACUGGACUUGCUGAAAAGAAAUCUACAAAAAGGGGUCCUUCAGAACUUUUCAAUGUUAUUUGGAAAGCUCCAGGUUUAUCUGUGGCUAGUGCACUUGAUAAGUGGGUCAGUGAAGGAAAAGAACUAAGCCGGGCCGAUAUCUCUUUGGCCAUGCUCUAUCUUCGUAAACGUCAGAUGUUUGGGAAGGCUUUGCAGUUUUCAGAGUGGUUGGAAGCAAGUGGGAAACUUAAUUUUACUGACAAAGAUUAUGCUUCUCGGCUCGACUUGAUUGGAAAGUUACGAGGUCUCCGUAUGGCAGAAAAUUACCUUGCUAAAAUUCCCAAGUCCUUCCAAGGUGAGAUAGUAUACCGAACUCUUUUGGCUAACUGUGUGAUUGCCAGCAAUGUACAAAAAGCAGAAGAAGUAUUCAACAAAAUGAAGGACCUUGAAUUCCCCAUCACAGCGUUUGCUUGCAGCCAAUUGCUUCUUCUUUACAGGAGGACUGACAAGAGGAAAAUAGCCGACAUUUUGUUGUUGAUGGAGAAAGAAAAUGUCAAGCCUUCUCGGUUUACUUACAAAAUCUUAAUAGAUGCUAAAGGCCUUUCUAAUGACAUAAGUGGGAUGGAACAAGUUGUUGAUACAAUGAAGGCUGAUGGAAUUGAACUUGAUUUUGAUACACUUGCCCUAUUAGCUAAACACUAUGUUUCAGCUGGGCUUAAAGACAAAGCCAAGGCCACUUUAAAGCAGAUGGAAGAAAUUAACUCACAAGGUUCUCGAUGGCCAUGCAGAAUUUUACUUCCCCGUUAUGGAGAACUCGAAAUGGAAGAUGAAGUGAGGAGGCUCUGGGAGAUCUGUGAGUCAGAUCCUCAUAUUGAAGAAUGUAUGGCUGCCAUUGUUGCUUGGGGAAAGCUGAAGAACGUCCAGGAGGCAGAGAAAAUUUUUGAUAGAGUUGUAAAAUCAGGGAAAAAGCUAUCUGCAAGACACUAUUCUACCAUGAUGAACGUGUAUAGACAAACUAAGAUGCUGACGAAGGGCAAGGAACUAGUCAAUCAGAUGGCAGAGAGUGGUUGCCGCAUGGAUCCGUUGACAUGGGAUGCAGUUGUGAAGUUCUAUGUGGAAGCAGGGGAGGUAGAAAAGGCAGACUCUUUCUUGGUCAAGGCUGUUCAGCAAAACAAGAAGAAGCCAUUGUUUGCCACAUACAUGACUCUCAUGCAUCACUAUGCAAGUAGGGGAGAUGUUCCCAAUGCUGAGAAUAUCUUUGAUAGGAUGAGAAGAUUGGGUUAUAUGGGUCGAUUCACCCAAUUUCAAACUCUAGUACAGGCAUACGUUAAUGCUAAGGCUCCAGCCUAUGGUAUGAGAGAGAGAAUGAUGGUAGAUAAUAUAUUUCCAAACAAAGCUUUGGCAGGAAAAUUAGCUCAAGUUGAUCCUUUCAGGAUGACAGAAGUGUCCGAUUUGCUUGAUUGAGAGAUAUAACCCGUUAGUUUUGGUAUUUAUAAACUCCCCAGAUUUCAAAUUUAUGGUUAGAGUCAUGUAUUUGUCUGGUGGAUGCGAUUUGUUAGAUGAAAGUAUAUAGCUCUUAGGACAAAGAAAUUGGAAAAAUAGAUCCUGUUGCUCCUAUGUUCUAUUAUCCAAUUCUUCCUUGGAGCUAAAAAUGGUUUAUUAUUGUUUGUUUCCCAACUUUAAUUCGUCAGAUGCAUUCGAUAAA